UGCGCCAUGGACUUUGGCUCCGCUCGGCGAGCCGUGCUUCAGCUGCUCGGGACUACGGCUCCAGCAGAUGUCCCGGCACUGCUCCACUGGAUGAGAACUACCCAGUUACUGAUGUGCCAGGAGGUGGUGGCGUACGCCUUUAAUCCCAGCACUUGAGAGGCAGAGAGGUAUGCGGAUCUCUCUGAGUUCGAGGCCAGCCUGGUCUACAGAGUGAGUUCCAGGACAGGCUCCAAAGCCACACAGAGAAACCCUGUCUCAGAAAACCAGGGGAAAAAAAAUGUUACUGAUGGGACUUUGAUGAGCUCACUCAAGAUAACCGUGACGCUAUGCUGAAGAACAUAGCCCACGACCUUCGCUGCUGCUUGCCCCCAGAGGCUGUGCUGCGCUCCGAACAGCUAGCCCUUCAGAAAAUCCGACAGCAGCCGGAACCCACAGUUCACGUUGAUGCAUUCCUUUAUGAUGAAGACGUUAUUGAUUCGUUAUGUGAAGAAGGAAAAAUGAGCAGAAACUACUGUACUGUGUGUGGCUCUCACCGGACGGCACCUUUGGGAUUUAUUUCUCAUUCCUUCUCCCUCGUGGAGCUGAAGUUCAUCUAUCACCAUGUACUGCCCGACCUGUCAGGGAAGCUCUUGGUUGACAUUGGCUCCAGACUUGGCACAGUGCUCUAUGGGGGCUAUUUUUACAGCUCAGCCGCACAGCUCUGUGGAGUAGAACUGAAUGGAGAAUUUUGCCAGUUGCAGGAAAUGGUCAUUAAAAAAUACCAGUUCAGUGACAGAAUAAAGGUGCUUCAUGCAGACAUCUGCACCCAAGGCUCCCUUCUGCAAAGUGCCGAUGUCAUUGUGAUGAACAAUGUCUUCGAAUAUUUUCUUACUGAGGCUGAACAGGUCAGUGCCUGGAACUACAUCAUCCAAAAUGUAAGGAAACAAGGGUCACUGUUAGUGACAGUACCGAGUCUCCAAGAUUCUCUCGUAGGUCUUGAGAUUAAUGUGCAGCUGUCCUCCUGGGUGGAAGAGAUACCACUGAACCUCGAUGUGUACCCACAAAGGGACAUUGACAGAGAAGCUCUGGAACAAAUUCAUUUAUAUAAGGUUCUCUAGCACUGAAGCAACAUCUCUAGUGUGGUGUUAACCCAUCUGCUUUGUGUGUUCAUUUCAAAUUUUAUAUGUAUGAUUAUGUACCUGUAAAUAG